AAUAACAUCAGCUGUGCGAUCAGCUUUCUAUUUAUUCUCACCCAUAAAUUGUUUUUUUAUUAAUAUAUAUUAUUUCAUUUUAAAUCGCAACAAGAGCUGCUAUGUAAGUUUACUAUCCGAGAUAGAGAUGAAGCCUGCUCAGUUACCUCGCUAUCUCGCUAAUUAAUCCCAUUGUUUACAAACAUCCUCAGAGAAUAAGGUGCCGUUUAUUUACCGCAGGUCCACUAAAUUAACCAGUGACUUAUUUUUUUCAUGCCACGGAUCAGCUCACCACCCAAUACCCUCGAAUUGUUUUAAGUUUGCUCGCUUUUCUAAGUGAACGAAUCGUGGAGCUGCAGCUACUCCUAAGGUUAGUAAGUCAACAAUCUCGGCAUAGUUACCUCCAAAUAGUCAUUCGCAUAGUCAAUAGCAGUGUCUCAAGGGCCGGUCUUUGCAUGAUUAAGCUGCCAUAUUGUGCUCCAAAUCAGAAAAUGUCGUGAAUGACGAUGGACCAAGUAAUCUUUUGUGAGCUUUCAAUCAGCAAGAAAGGACUGACGGUCUUUCGCCAGCUGCCAUUCAAAAGGGUUUCCCUCAAUCCAGCCUCACAAAGGCAGCUGAUUACUACAUUUUAAACCGUGGUACUCAUGUCAUCCGCCUGCAUCCACUUGUGGUUACUUACUGAUGUUAAUGAGCCGCUAGUGAACCUAUUUAGAUGAUUAAUACAAGAUUCAGGCUUAGCGACGAGCACCGUUGGGGUGUUGGGUAUGAUUUGGAUGUGACUGGAUGACCAGAUGCAUGUCUGGAAAGGUACAGGAUAGAUGGAAAUGGUCGCUCUCUGAGAAUCCUGUGCUAUAAAAAUUCCAGUUUCCAUUCUUUGUGGAUCCACCCCAACAUAAGACUCUUUUUGAGUAUUCCCUUUUCCCUCCUUAGUUGUUUAUACGGAGAGGUGGUACUUGUCAGCAACAAGGCAAAUAGGAAGGGAACAAAAGACUAAGGACCUUUAGUAAGACAGGAAAUACUUGAGAGGAGGUGAAAGGGCAGCAAAGAGAAAAAAGUGUAUCUACCAAAAAACAAAGCUGACAAAACUGAAUACGGUGCAACCCAGGAUGGAGGACUUCAGGCGGACAUACCAGCGUAUGUGUAAAGAGGGAGGUGUGGAGGUCCAGGAGUCUGUUCUUGCCCAGCUCCAAGAGACCAGGGGCAGCUCCAGACUGGAUCUCAGUGGACAGAGCCUGUCUGUAGACACUUGCUCUGUGCUGGGCAAGGUCUUCCAAAAGGACACUGUCUUUACUGAGGUAUCUCUCAGUGACUGCAUGCUGAGUGAAGAAGGUGCCAAAGUACUCCUGAGUGGUCUGUUUGCCAAUAUGACUGUAAAAGUGCUGGAUCUGAAGGGAAAUAACCUGAGAUCAACAGCUGCUGAAGUAUUGGGGAAGUUGCUGGCACGAAACAAGACCUUGAAAAGGCUGGUCCUGGAGUGGAAUGCGGUGGGAAUUUGGGACGAGGCUUUCUCUAUGUUCUGUGAGGGCUUGGCCUCCAACAGCGUUCUGACCCAUCUGGACCUGCGCAAUAACCAAAUCAACCACCAGGGGGCCGCAGAGCUGGCUCUAUCACUGAGGAGGAACAGCUCCCUCCAAGUUCUAGAUCUGAGGUGGAACAACAUUGGUCUGUUGGGAGGCAGGUCCCUUCUGGAGGCUGUGCAACAGAACAAAACCCUAACACACCUGGAAAUAGCAGGGAACAACAUACCCAGUGACACACUCAGAGCACUGGAGCAGGCCAUCAAGCAUAAUUCGGAUAAACAGUCCACAGUGAGAGAGAGCCGCAAAAGAACACAAGUCCUCAGCAGGGAGAUUCGGCAACUGAAGGAGGAGAAGGGACGUCAGUUCUUAAACCUGAUGGAGACGAUAGACAAGCAGAGAGAGGAGAUGGGACAUUCCAGCAGAUCAACCUCUCUUCAUGUUGGCCAACUCCAAGAAGCCUUGAAUGAGAGGAAGUCAGCUGUCAACUCUAUCACGGCCAAAUUGCAGAUGACGGAGGCCGCCCUUGCACUCGCCGAGCAAAAGAACCACAACCUGGGAGAGUUGCUGGCUCGCAUUAAGACUGAGAGGGAAGAACAGAGGGAACAGCAGAGUAAAGAGAGGAAGAAAGAGCAGGAGGAAGUAGUGCUCAGAGAGAGCAAGCUCCUCAGGGAAAUACAAAACACAACAGACACCAACCUGCAACUAAAAAAUAAGGUGGAGGAGAUGGAACGCAGAUGUAAGACCCAGCAGCAGCAAAUCUUUGAGCUGAAGCAGGAACUGACCAACAGCACAGCAGAGCUCAAACUACGGCUCGCACAGGCAGAAGACCGUUUGGAGAUGGAGAAGAGGAGAACCAAACAAGCUCUAGAGGAUAUGGAUAGUCUACGGCAGAAAGAGGUGGACCAUUUGAAUCGCCAUCUGGAGGAGAGUGAGAGAACUCUGCAGGAGCGCAUCUUCAAACUGGAAGGACAACGAAUCCAACUGGAGGAGGAACUAAGCAGAGCUAAGGCAGCGUGUGUGACAGAAAGGGCCCAGGCAGAGGAGGAACUGGGCAAAGUACGCACUCAGGUCCGCCUGGAAGAGCAGCAUGUGGCAUCCUUGGAGGAGAAGCUGCGCUCAGUGCGUCAGUCCCGCCAGGAGGUCCAGGUGCACUGCUCACAACAGAAACAGACCAUUGCUGAUCUGCAGGCCAAGAACAGCCAGAAGUGCAUCGAGUUAGAUGGGCUCAGACGCAGAAUCGAGGAGUUGCAGCAGGAGUUGUCAGCAAAGGACCAGGAGAAGGUGGCUGAGGUAGCCAGGGUAAAGGUAGAGCUGCAGGAGCAGAUUGGACAUCUGCAGGCAGAGAGGACGGCACAAGGAGGACUCAAAGGGAAGAUCAGCGCCCUGGAGAGAGAGAUGAAAGCACUGACCAGUAACCACCGAGAGGCAAUCCUUGACAAAGAGAGUGAGCUCGCCUCCCUACUGGAGAAGCUGCGUUUGAGGGAGGCUGAGAUCCAGAGGAUGAGGGAAGAUGAAGCCCAGCGAGCUAGCUACCUGCAGAGUGCCAUUCUCACCUAUGUUCAGGGGUCAUCCCUGGGACACUACGGCAGCCCCAAGAAAUGACUAGCGACUAGUCAUACUUCGCCUCUGACCCCUUUUUCCCCCCAGUUACAGUGCAGGUCAUCGUUCUUGUUUACGCUUUAACUGUGACGUGGACUCAGUGCAGGGACGCUACUUCCAAAGUGCUUUACUAUCGUAUUACUUUUAUUCUCUCAUCCUUGUGACUUCCACACAAAUCUCAUCACUGGUUUGGUCCUCAGAAAGAAGUGUUCUCAACCACGGUCACUUGCAAACAAAUAUCCAUCGUAACUAGUUAUGCAAUCCUUUAUUAAAUUGUAUUUUUGUUUCAACAAGUAAAUCAUUUUUUGUGUGUUAGGAUAUUCUUGAAUAAGAUUGACUUUCUUAUUUUGUGUAUUUACAAGAUAUCAACACUUGUUUCAAACCGUAUCGACGGAAUUUUUCACUUGUUCAAAAACAUAACAUUUUAAGUCUUAGUGUCAGAAUAAAUGACUUGUUAAGAUGGACAUUUUUUGGCAAUUUUUACCAAUAUGAUGUUCAUAUUGGUAAAAUGCUUAUGCUCAAUUAUUAAGGAAAUCGCAGUGCCAGGCCGUUACCUCGACCAUUAAAUGAGAUUAAUAUUAUUCCAUUUUGUGCUUGAACUCAUCCACAAUACCCUCAGCCUUAAACCUCAUAUGUUGUUCUUUUCUUCUACUCAAGCGAUUCAUGUUCAUGCAGAUCAAAGGCUGAGUGAAAGUAUUGUUUUUAUGUUUACAUGCGUCACCGUCCAUGUCUGUUAGCAAACUAUAUCAACACAGAGAUCUGAUCCACUCAGGCUUUUAUAUGGUAUCCAGACCAAUGAAAUAAGUCGAUAUCACCUCUUAAGCUCAGAGCUAAAGAACUACAAACCAGUUAACUAGUUCGGUGUCAUGUUCCUUUUUUCUUUUUUUUAGAAAUGAUGGUUUUGGAACAACUUCAUUACAUCAAAGACAAUGCAUUUUCUAUCUUAUCAAUUUUCUGUUUAUAUCUUCAUUUUGUGGAGGAAGAUCAUGGUUUUUUUCCGUGUGUAAUGGAUAUAAUGUGAUUUUUAAGGUAUGUUUUAAUAAAGUAAUAU